CUUACAGCUUCGAGUUAGUACCUCGAGUCGAGGAACUCAGCGGGAUCCCGGUCAGCCAUGUACAUCGACAUCGCCCUCACUCCGGCCGAAGAGACCUACCUCCUCUCAGGAUUCCUCAUCUUGAUCCUCCUCGCUCUCGUGCUCUUGCUCCGACCGAGGUUGUUCAGCCGAGGACUCGCUCCUUUGCUCAAUUUUAUCAAGCUCAAAGGUUUAGGGGCGGGGGUUGGGGUUGUAAGUAGGAGGAGUUUGAGCUCGGCUGGAAAUGGGACGGGGGGGAUGAAUGGGGUCUUUCCGUUGUCGAUGCCGAGUUCGAAGAGAGACCAGGAUGGAGCAACAGGCACGAGACGGUCAAGCUCAAGCUUGGGGGCUAGCUUGAUAUCCGGAUGGAAUAAGCGGUGGCAGCUCAUCAGGAAAACAAUCCACGAUAACCCUGAUGAUUUCGGCCACGGCUGGGCGUCGUACUGGCCCAUCCCGACCUGGUCGAUGUGGACGACUUACCCACCGGUCUUGAGCUGUUUGGAGGAUGUCUUCAAGGACGACUUGAAUCUGGAUCUGGAUGUGAAUUCGAAGAGGCUAUCUUUGUCGAUGGAGGUGGAGGAAGAGAUCGUCACCCCUUUAGAAGAGGGGUCGAGGAAGGGGAGCGUCGGGCUGGGCAUUGUUGGGGUGGACGUGGUCAAGCCGAAUCCGAAUUCGAGUUCCAGGUCGAACUCUCUGGUCGACCCCGUACAGGGGUCAUCGACUUCGACUACCAAUAUUAAGGAGGAGGAGGGGGAGGAGACGAGAGAAGAAGACCGGACUGAGGAGAAACCUGUUCGGGAUGGGUUUUUCCCGGUCAAUUAUGCUAUGACGGCGGUGACGAUGACGACCGAUCCUGUUCAGCCUCCUACCUCUACCUCUAUUCCUACCUCGACUUCAAUGUUGGGAGCUCGAGAACCUCGGUCGCCUUCUUCGACGGAGAUGAAAUCCCAAAACCCGAACCAGAGUCCAGGGAUGGGAAUGGGUAUGACGAUGGGCCGGCGCUUUACGGCUAGCUCUUUACACCCGGACGACCACCCUAAAUCCCAAACCCAAUCUCCCAAUGCCGACAAUAUCUCCACCUCGACCUCAACAGAACCGAUGCUCAUCCCCUUUACUCCCUUUCCCAAACCCUUCCCCUCCACCUCCACCUCUACCUUUGCCUCGAACAAUCGAUCUUGGGCUUCAAGAGCACGACGUCUCCUCUUAUACACCUACACUCGGUUAGCAGGUCCGGUGUGUCUGGUAGCGAUGGGGUUCGCAUUAGGGGUGAUGGUUUGGCAAGCUGGACAGAGUUGGGGGAAAGUUUGGAGAGUGACGUUCGGGAGGGGUGAGCAUGGUAUUGAUAUGACGGGUGGGGAGGUUGGAGUGGGUCAGACAGGGACGGGGAUGGGAGGUCUGGGAAAGAGAGGAGUAACGGACGAUCAGGGGUUAGGGUUGGAAGGAGUGAUGGAGGAGGGCUAUGGUUAUAGGCCGGAAGGGGGGAAUGUCGUACAGGCGCUGAUACCGGGAUGGACGGUCCCGUUCUCUCAUAUCGUGCCUAUUGUGGGGACCUUGCUCGUUGCUCAAAUCAUCCACGAGGCAGGCCAUGUUAUCGCUGGAGCCAUGGACUCGAUCAGACCGACGAGACUGGCCUUGAAUCUGCAUUUGGUCGUGCCGGCCGCAUCGGUCACUUUUCCCAAGACCACCUCUGAUCUCGUACCGUCUUCGAGACUCCGUAUGGCAGCCUCCGGCCCUUGGAACAACCUGUUGACCUGGGCAGUGUUGAUGACGAUCGCUGCGACGAGGAUGUCCGUGGUCUUUUAUCACGAUUAUACGGCCCAGGGGAGGGUCGUCUUGGGGAUCGAUUCGGAUUCCGCCCUGAAUGGACACAUACCGAUAGGAUCAAUCAUAGAAUUCUUGGACGAUACCCGCCUCUCGGGAGAACGUGAUACAUGGUCCGACUAUCUCCUUGGCAAUCAGUACAUUGGAAAUCUUCACAGCAAUAAAGGCGGUAUAAGAGGUGGACCCGGGCUAGACGAGAGCCGAGGAUGGUGUAUCGAUAAGAAACGGUAUCUCGCCUCCUUGACGCCUACGACAUCGGCAUCAGAAGGAGCCGUGGGGUGCCCGGGAGGGUUGGUGGAGUUUACCAGUCUCCCUAGCAAUGUCCCUGUCGUACCUACCGCUGGUCAAGGUGGAAAGGACAAGGGCAAGGGGAUGGGGACGAAGAGGUGUCUCCCGGCUUACCCGCUCUUGACAUCGAGAACGUGGGCUUGUCCUUGUUCGUCCGCAUCUCAAGUCUGCGUACGGCCGGUACCGGAAGAGAGGAUAAUGAGAAUACAAUGGAGGUUACCCCGCGCUACUACCAACCUAGCGAUCGGAUUCGGGGCGCAUGCCGACAGACACCCCGGUGCAGGGGUAGGCGCAGGGUCAGGGACGGGCGGGAAGAAGCACGAUGAACAGGGGCCCGUUGUCGUACUCUGGAGCGGAGAGAAGAGGGAGAUCUGGGAGACGGUCAGGGUCUCUCGGUGGGUGGGAAGGUUCGGGACGAUAGGGAGGUGGGUGGUCGGGUGGUUUGAGCUUGUUUUCAACUACAUGGCCACGCUGUCGUUAUCACUAGCGCUUCUCAACGUGCUGCCAUUACCUCGGUUGGACGGUGCUCAUAUGGUCGAAGCUGUGCUGGACCAGAUCUACCCAGGCACUCGCAGCGCCACGGCCGCAACAUCCACGACAGGGGCCAUAAUACCGGCGGGAGGCGACGAGGAGGACGCGAUCGAACAAGGGCUGGUCCCGCUCAAUCCACAGGACGAGAUCGUACAAGUCAAAAGACACAGGAUCGAGAGGUUUGUAAGCGUUGGAAGUGUUGGGAUUGUGGUGAUGGCGAUCGGUGGGGGGUUGUUGGCGUCGAUAUUAGACGGACGAUGAAUGUGUACCGUGACCAGGCGAUCAGCGUGACCUUGAGGCUCUCGACGUUCGAGGACGGGUGAGGGACGGGAUCGGUCGAGGUGUUGACCGAUACUGAUCAGCCUCAUUGCAGGAUCGUGUUCAUCCUCGAUCAUGUGUAGAUCGUGUGGAUGAUGUAUAGAUGGGGAGCGUUUCAGGUGACGAGGAAGGGGGCGACGCGUAUCUUUUGUUGCUUGCGACUUCGGGUCUGGACGGUUAUUCGAUCAUAAGCAGCGG